GUGGCGGUAACAUCAGCGUGGUUGUUCAGAAUUCCAGUUUGAAUCAUCCAUAUUAGUUCUUUCCCAUUUUAAUUUUUUUGGCUUUAAAUUGUCCCAAAAUGCAAAUAAAAUAGAUGCAUCAAUAGCAUUAAAAGUUUAGUAUUAAAAGUGCAUUUAGUAUAGUCAUUGUUAAGUCACAAACAAAAAGCUACUAACUAAGCAAUGGAAUUUUUUUUUCUUCAUAUUUGGUUCAAUUGAUUUCCUUACCGAGCAACAAAGAAAUAAAAAGUUGGCGCCUCAUUGCUCAUAAUAUUUUCUGUUCGUGGUAAUUAAAAGUAUCACACUCGUUUUUUUUUAUCGAGUAGUUGAAUUAUUGGAAUUAAAACAGAAAAUAUCUCAAUAAACUGUGAAAAGUGAUGUAAUCUAACAGAUUCGGCAACUGAAACUUAUUUAUGUAGUACAGACAACGAAUUACGCUAUAAAUUGAAAGCUAUUUUCAUUGACAAUUCCAAAGAACAAAAGAAACAAGCGUUUAUCGCACAGCUGUAGAUUUGAUUCAAAUAAGAAGAACGAAUACAAAAAUGGCAUCUUAUUAUGAGAUGCUUGAAUUGGUACCGACCGCUACCGACGCCGAAAUUCGAAGAGCAUAUAAAAAACUUUCUCUGAAAUAUCAUCCUGAUAAGAACAGCAAUAGCAUCGAAGCAACGAACAAAUUUAAACAAAUAUGUGAAGCAUAUCAGGUGCUAUCGGAUCAAAUACAACGACUAACUUAUGAUAAAAAAUUACGGCAUGAUGCACGUCGUACCACACAUCAUCAUCGCUGGCGUUCAGCAACCGAUCCGUUUUCUACAUCACCAUUUUUUAAAUUUAAAUCAGCACACGAUAUAUUCCACGGUUUUUUCAAGGAUGAAGAAAACACAGGUGUGAGAUCAAAACACUUUGGUCAAAAUAUUACACGACAAGCAAAUGAUUCCGCAUCAAAUCGCAAAGAACCACGCAAUUUUAUGUCAUUUAUGUGGGAUCCAUUCGAGACUUUCACCGAAAUUAAUACGAACAAUAAUAUUAUUAACAACAACAACAAUAACAAAAAUGCAAAAGGUUUGGUGUAUUUGCCUGCCAUCGUUUCAGUAACGACGUAUUUCAAAAAGGAACAUAAACAAAAACAACAUUUUCAAAAUUUGGGAAAGAUGGCCAACAAACUACCACAAAAAUUGUCAUUGAGAAUAACAUUCAAACCACAUAUCGAUACGAGAAAAACGAACUGGUCUCAAAAACUAUUAAGACUUGUAGCAUAGCUAAAUAAUAAUAAAUAAUAUACAUACAAACUCA